CAUUAUCCUGACCUUAAACUCAAGCCCCUCUCUAUCAUUCGAACGUUUUGAAGCAUGCUGGUCGUCGACGAAGACCUGCAAUUUUAGGCCAGUUUGAUGAUUAAACGCCGAUCUAAAAACUUGACACAUUUUACUUAGGUAGCCACGCUGAAAUCCUGAACCUAAACACUAUUCUACUGAUUCUAUCUCAUUGAAGCCCGGUGAUCACCGCCAACUCUGUUUCGGCCCGUGCAAGCUGGGGUCCUUAUUAGUGGCGAUUCAUCCCUCCGGAGAUCCAUGCUUAAGAGUCAGAUAAAUUGAGAGUGCACAAGGCAUGCCUUCUGAGGAUCUAAAGGAUGCACUAAUGUGAAGUGAGUUGAUUUUCCAUAGCCAUGGCAUUGGCCAUGGACAAUGACUUAAAAGAGAAGCUGAUUAGUUCAGAAAAAGAACAGUUGAGUGAGUUCAAAGGAAGCAUUUCUGAAGAAUCAAAGAAAAUAUGGAAAAUUGCAUUGCCUGGCAUUAUUUCAAGAGUGGCUUCAUUUGGAACAGUAGUUGUUACUCAAUCAUUUAUUGGACACCUUAGUGCAGUUGAUCUUGCUGGUUAUGCACUCGUUCAAUCCUUAAGCGUUCGAUUCGUAGAUGGAAUACUGUUAGGAAUGUCAAGCGCAACUGAAACUCUAUGCGGGCAAGCAUUUGGAGCGAAACAAUACCAUAUGAUGGGCAUUUUCUUGCAAAGAUCAUGGCUAGUGGAUCUUAUCACAUUAACAAUCUUACUACCUGUUUUUAUCUUAGCAACACCAAUCUUUAAACUACUUGGCGAGGAAGAAGCUAUUGCAAAAUCUGCUGGAUAUAUUUCUUUGUGGUUCAUCCCAUUUGUUUACAGUCUCUUUUUCUCUUUAACGAUCCAAAUGUAUCUACAAGCACAACAAAAGAACAUAGUAAUUGCAUGGCUAUCCACUAUGCAAUUUGUAAUCCACAUUCCCUUGUCUUGGCUUUUUGUCUACAAACUGAAUUGGGGAGUUUCUGGCGCUAUGGGAGCACUCUGCAUAUCUUCGUGGUCUUUGGUCGUUGGAGAAUUUGUAUACAUCUUUGGCGGUUGGUGCCCCAAGACAUGGAAGGGAUUCACUACAGCUGCAUUCAAGGAUGUGUUGCCAGUGGUGAAACUUUCAAUAUCUUCUGGUGGUAUGGUUUGCUUAGAGUUAUGGUACACUGCCAUUCUGGUAUUACUAGCAGGAUACAUGCAAAAUGCAAAGGUUUACAUAUCUGCCUUUUCUAUUUGCCUUAAUAUCACUGCAUGGGAAUUAAUGAUUAGCUUUGGCAUGAUGGGUGCUGCAUGCGUUCGUGUGGCAAAUGAGCUUGGGAGAGGAGAUGCGAAGGCUGUAAAAUUUUCUAUUAAAGUCCUAACUAGUACUUCAAUAUCAAUAGGGCCACUCUUUUGGAUUCUUUGCUUGGUAUUUGGCAAUAAAAUCGGGUACUUGUUCACGAAUGAUGAAGAGGUUGCAAGCAGUGUUACUGAUCUUUCUAUACUGCUAGCUUUUUCUGUGUUGCUCAAUAGCAUCUUUCCUAUAUUUUCUGGGAUUGCAAUUGGAGCAGGUUUACAAACAACUGUUGCAAUUAUUAAUGUUGUUUGCUUCUACAUAAUUGGAAUACCAAUUGGAGCUUUACUUGGAUAUCUGACUCAUCUUCAAGUUAAGGUAAUAUCUUGCUUUUCCAUUUUUGGUAAAAAGGAAAGAAUUAUUCAAAAGAUUCUUCAUUUGCAUCUCAAUAUCUUACAUUAG